AUGGCGAUCGUGGAAUACAGGCGCCUUGGUGGUCUUUGCUCGAGCGGAUAUGCAAGAUGGCAUCAUGGGCGCGAGAUAACUUCUGCACGGGCCGUGGGACUCGUCACAAAAGGAUGCCAAUCAUCAUUCUGCGCAGGCCGUACGAUGAGGGAUAUUCAAGUAGCCCUGGUCGACAUUGGGAUACAAUGGGCCCUUGAUCUAGCGGAACUGCGGCUGAGCCUUGACGAUCCUGCACGCUACGGGAACGGGAUUAUGCUGGUUUCUUGCUUGCUGUCUUGCUGUCUUGUUGUUGUUGCUGCUGCUGCUGCUGCUGCUGCUGCUCGGAUGAGGGAUAUUUUCGGCCAGAACGCUGAGUCUGGUGAUAAUGGUGGUGGUGGUGGUGGUGGUGUGUUGAGGGAUUUCUCAACGACAGAAGCUUGUUUGUCAUUGCUUUUGGACUGUGAUGCUGUGAUUGGAUAUUGUGCGUAUGGGUGCAGAGGACACGGUCUUUACAGACUUUGCUGGGAGGAGAACUCUCAGGGCAUAUGUCGCACUGCAAAGCCUUAUUCUGACAGCAUCCAUGAAUAUCACAUGCGUUCGUUCACUGCUCAUUACGCACCAGCUCCAGAUAGUAAUACCGUUGCCCCAGGCACAAUAAUGCAUAUAUUCAGGGUGCCAAAUGCCCCACGCAGGAUAUAUUCAGUUGGCUCUAAAUGGCACGGAAGGAUGCACAGGCGUUUCGACUGUGAGCUACGUACAGAGGCGUUGUGUGAAGACCAGAUGCAGUUCGUGUAUAGAUCACCUAUGUAG